AUGCUGGGAAUCGCGGAGGACGGUGGACGGUUUUUCUGGAGAGUAAUGGCAUGCGGGGGACGGAACAGAGAUAGCAAGAGGCAAGUGAUCUUGUUUUUUCUGUGCGUUUGCGUGUGUCAGAGCGCGACAGAAACCCUCCGCUAUUUUCUGCUGGAGGAAAUGGAGAGAGACUCCUUUGUCACCAAUAUUGCAAAGGACCUGGGGGUUUCUCCGAGUCAUCUCGUGGCUCGCAAGGCCCGCGUUGUGUCUGACGGGAACGAGCAGCUUUUCCGCCUUAAUCAAAACACCGGAGUCCUGACGGCAAAGAAUUCGCUGGACCGAGAGAAGAUCUGUCCGCAGAGCGACAGCUGCACGCUCGUGUUUAAGAUAUUCCUUGAAAAUCCAUUGCAACUGGUCCGAGGGGAGGUGGAGGUUCGUGACGUGAACGACAACUCCCCCGUGUUCCCGGAGAAGGAGAUGGUUUUAGAGAUUCUGGAAACGGCAUCUCCUGGGUCUCGUUUCCCUCUGGAAAGCGCCCAAGACCAGGACGUGGGCAGUAACGGUUUGCAGAACUACAGCCUCGGAUCAAAUUCACAUUUCUCCCUCUCUCUGGAAACAGGGAAAAAUGGAAAGAAAUAUGCGGAGCUCGUCCUACAGCGCCAGCUGGACCGCGAAGAGCAGCGAGAGAUGAAUUUACUUAUUACAGCAACCGACGGGGGCUCACCACCUAGGUCGGGGACGGCUCAGGUCCGGAUCGUAGUGUUGGAUGCCAAUGACAACACCCCUGUCUUUGGUCAGGAAGUCUACGAGGUGCGCCUAACUGAGAACAGCCCCCCGGAGCAGCUGGUGGUCAGAGUGACGGCCACGGAUCCCGACGAAGGGUCCUCCGGGAAAGUGUGGUACGCCUUUACCCAGACACCGGAGCGGUCCCGGCAGCUCUUCGAGCUGAACCCCACCACCGGGGAGAUACGGGUGGCGGGCAACCUGGAUUUCGAGGAAGAGAAAACCCACGAGAUGGUGGUGAAAGCCACUGACGGUGGGGGGCUGUCGGCGCAUUGCAAAGUGCAGGUGGAGGUCCUGGACGUGAAUGACAACGCUCCGGAGAUAGCACUCACUUCCCUCAUAGCCUCCAUCCCCGAGGCUGCCCCGCCCCGCACCGUGGUAGCCCUGUUCAGUGUGCGAGACCGGGACUCCGGGGAUAACGGCAGGACAGAGUGCUCGAUCGAAGGGGACUUGCCUUUCAGUCUCACUCCGACUUUUGAUAAUUACUACGAACUGAGAACGAACGCGCCCCUGGACAGGGAGAGGACGGCGGAAUACAACAUCACCGUCACAGCCAUGGACUGGGGCACCACGCGGCUCAGCUCCCGGAAAAACCUCUUUGUGCAGAUAUCGGACGUGAACGACAAUUUCCCAGAAUUCACCCAGGAGGUUUACACCAUGUCGGUCACGGAGAACAAUAGCCCCAUGCUCCGGAUAGGCAGCGUGAACGCCACAGACGCAGACGCGGGAAACAACGCCCACAUAAACUACGCGCUGGUGCGGCAGGAGGGGAAGGAGCAGCCCGUCGUGUCGGUCAACUCUGAAAACGGGGAUGUUUAUAUUCUCCGCCCGAUGGACUACGAGGAAGUGCGU